AAGGAGUAAUCUAAUGUUUCUGUUUCUAUUUACAUUAAUGUUGUUCGUAAGUUUCAGUUUUUCAAAAAAUAUUCACACAUGAUGUGGUGGAGCCUCGCCCACAGAUGCAAACAGGUUAUCACUUGCACUUGUCUUUUGAGCUCAGUUGAGUCGCAUCUCAGACACAGAAGGAAGACACUCCCAAAGCUGACGUGAAAAUUUAGCUGCAGUCAGAUUGAUCUCAUCAGUGCACCAGGACUGAACUUAAAAUGGGAACUCCUGCCAAAGAGAGACCCAGGCCAGAGAAUGCUAUCACUAUCGCCGUGUCGUCACGACUCCUCUUCAACAUGGAGCAGCAGCCUUUCAGCCCCGGACCUGCCUUCUCCUUUGUCAAGGCUCUGGAAGCUGUGAACACUCAGCUGAGGGAGCUUUACCCCGACAGCGAGGAGCUAUUUGAUGUUGUGCUCAUGACUAACCAGGCACACGAUGACCAAAGACUCAUCAAUACCAUCAAGCAUCACCAGUUGUACAUUGAAGGCUACCGUUUGAAAGGAGAAAAUAGUCCCAUAAGCGACUUGAAGGCCUGCCACAUUAACCUAUACCUGUCUGAUGAUCCAGUCAGGGUUCGACAAGUUCUGGAGGCAGGUAUAGCAGCAGCCACCAUGGUCCCCCCAAAGGAGAUCACAGAGGUGUCUCAGACUGAGCUGCGUGUUGUCUUUGACGGUGACGGGGUCCUCUUCUCUGAUGAGUCUGAGCGCAUUUUCAAGGAAGGAGGACUGGCCCAGUACUUAGAGCACGAGAAGACACACGAGAACCAGCCUCUGAACCCUGUACAGUAUACACAGUGACAGUUAUUAGCAUCACACUGCUGUUUAAAAUG